AUGAUCGUAAUAGAGCUUCCAAAUGAUGUGAACAUCCAGCUUGCCGCUGCAAUCGCGUGUUGUUUUCAAAAUAUUCGGAACUCUCAGUGUCUAACAGGAGGUGAAAAUACACAACAGUCGCAAGUUUUUCAAAACAUCGAACAGUUUGCAACAGCACGAACUAUGAUAUCAAAUUUAACAAGAAUAAGUCGACAUAAGACGCAAGUCGGUCAAAGCAGGCAAAUUUCAUCGCAACCAGUUCAUUUGAUUCCGGGUAAUUCUGGCAAUCGAACACAAGCGGGGAUACUAACUACAGAAGUAGGUAUUCCAACUAAGAUUGCUGAAUGGAGAAAUAAAUUGGACCAUUUAAGUUUUUUAUUCAGCUCACUUAGCAACGGUACUAUGUCCGCAAUUCAAAUGUGUGCAGAACUUGACGUGCAAUUCCGUGAUUUGAUUACUUUUUUGUGUCACACUUCAUCCACCAGAAGACCUGUAACAGUUUCUGAUCCAGUAGAGAUCUAUGCUGGAUCCUUGGUGAAGCUGCAUCAAUACUGUGUAGUUGGUACUGAUAAUGAUUCCGAAAGAGUUCUAUAUGCAGCAAUUUAUGAAGUGAUAUCGUUCUGGCUUCGAUUUCUACACCGUAAUAAUCUGAACAAAUACGGUCGGCUUUGGCUCCAUACACGAGCUGUUAUCACUCGGAUGUUCAGGAGCAUUAUCAUUCAAGAAUGCAUUCUGGUUAUUAAACAUAGUUUGGCUUCAAUGCUUAAAGAAUUAACAAUGCUCGUUUUGGAAAGUAGCGAAUAUAGCUAUGGCUUUUAUGCUUGCGAACAAAUGGAGGAACCCAAUGCGGUGCCGUCGACUACCGAAAUUGGCAAACUGGGAAAUCUAUACUGCCGAUCCCGGGAUUGUAACGUUAAUUUCGAGGUCUGCAUUGUGGGUUCUGCGUUGUGUGAUGUUUUUUUACCAUAUUGA